GACACUCUGUAUAUUUAAAGAUGACUAACAUCUUCUGUUUUAGAUCACCAAAAAAUAAACGACCUAGAAAAACGAAAAGAAAGCGAGAACAAAAACCAGAUGCUGAAUACAAUCUGGACCAAGUUGUCAACUUGAAUGAAAUAACCAAACCGCUGAUCUGCACAAUUUGUUAUAAGGCCUUUUUGACUCACAUAGAAUUUGGUUACCACUCCAAAACGCAUCAAGAAGAUGGACUGUACCAUUGCCACUUAUGUGAAUACUCUGUUGAAGCUAAAGAUGCGUUUAAAAAGCACGUUAGAACUCACGAUGUAUUCAAGUGCGAGAAGUGUGGAAAGAUUCUCAAAACUAAGUUUUCUGCUGAUAAGCAUGUGAAGUCUCAUCAAGCUCCCACGACAGUCCAAUGUGAGCUGUGUGGAAAACAUCUAAAGAAGCAAUGUCUCUAUUUGCACAAAAGGAUAGUCCACGCUACUGAUAAGGUGCUGGCGAAGUGUCCUAUUUGUGGUAAAGAGUACCAGAAUUCUGGUAGUCUUCGUCAGCAUUACUCAGCUUUCCAUAGAGAACUGGGCAUUGACAUGUCUGUGGUCUGCGAUAUCUGUGGUAUGCGUCUAUCUUGUAAAGCCACCCUUGCUCAACACACCAGAACCCAUACAGGCGAUAAACCAUUCGCCUGCCACCUCUGCCCCAGAAAGUUCAUUGCUAAAGACAUCAUGGUGGCUCACAUGAGGGUUCACACCGGGGAAAAACCAUACAUCUGCAAAUUUUGCGGGAAAAGAUUUGCCCAUGGUGCUCCCUAUAGGUACCACGUUAAGACCCACACUGGUGAGAAAGACCAUAUUUGCCCCAUUUGCGGCAAGGGCUUUAUUUUGAAAGCUCCUAUGAGGAAUCAUAUGAAGACUUGUAGAUUUAACUUAAAGUAGUGUUGAUAUUUCGAAAAUGCUCAAACCAGUACUAUAGGUACUAACUUGUUUAUAUAGUAUUAAAAAGAAAUUAAAUUUUUAUUAGUUUUAUGUAUUUUUGUACUGUAAAAAUCUCUAUAUUGUAUUUAAGCCUGGUUGACAUAUUAUGUAUCUCUAUACCUUCAGAAUCUGCUCUCAUAUUAUUAGUAAUCUCUCUCUUCAGUCCUGACCCUUGGUCAUUGUGAUGUAGUGUAUUGUCUGUUUCCAAAGAUCUCUGGUCAUUUCUUUUAACUCAUGCAUAGGUCUUUUGCAUAUUACUGUAAUUUGGUCGACACUUUUUGUUGGGGAUGUUUCUUCUAUCCUCUUGUCUUGGAGUUCAAGAUUCAUAUCUUUAGUUGAUCAACCUCAUUUUUAGAGUUCGUGAAAUUUGGUAGUCCUUCCAUAGUUUGACCAGCUUUCCUACAGCGACUUUUGCUAUAUCACAUCUACGUUUUAUUUCUUCCUGUAGUGACUCUGUCUUUGUGACCAAUGAUCCCAGGUAUAAGCUCAUAACCUCAAACCGGCCAAUCCAUGUUAUGUGUGGAUGGUUGUUAUGUAGUCUAUCCACUAUCAUAAUCUUUGUCUCUGAGAUGUUUACUUGCAGACCUAACCAAACGAAACACUUAUCAGCUAGCAACUCAACUAUCAGCAAAUAAUAAAAAAUAAACAAGCAGAAUCUCUUAUAAAACAAUGUUUAAAAAAUGCGUAUUUUACUCCUUGAGACUGUUGUGAUAUUACUUUUCUGUGUUUUAUCUUCUUAUUUUUUUAUAAUAGUGAUCCUCUGGUGAAUAAUUUAAUAAUUGUAAUGCUAAAUUUUAUUUUUGAAUAAAUUAAUAUUUUAUGUUAAAACAUCUAUAAUUGUGAUCUGCAUUUUUAUACGUCAUAUCUUCUAAUUUUGUAAAUAAAGUUGUAUGUAUAUAACAUUUACCAAAUGUUUUUUAAUCAUCAUUGCGUUCUUAAAACAGCAAGAUCACAUAAAAGAACAACUGUCCUAUUUUCACCUCCCGGAAAAAUCAGAAAAUCCUGGAAAUACCAAUCAGUCAAAUUUUUCCAUAAAAAAGUUGAAUUUUACUACUAUUUCAUAAGAAAUAUUUAAAAUUUACUGAUUAAUAUAUUUUUUUUUCUUCUUGUAAAGAACAAGGAUUCAUAAAUUAAAUAUAUAUUUUUUACAAAAUAAUAGUAAGAUUCAAUAACUUUUGUGGAAAAAAUGAAUUUAUGUAUUUUUCGGGAUUUUCUGAUUUUUCCAGGAGAUGAAAAUAGCUCAGUUCUUUAUUAUUUUCUCGGGCUACCGCAAAAAACGAAUGUUCUGUAUGCCAUAGAGGCAGAGAUAUUGCAAUUUUUUUCAGCGCGCUUCAAUUUGAAGUUCCAUUAAAAAAACGGAUCUUGGAAAGUUCUCUCCACCACUUUUAGUAUGAUAAAAUUGAUCCAAAUAAUGGCAUAACCCAGACAUCCAAAGUGAAAGUUAUCCUCCAACACCAAAUUG